AUGUCAUCCAACGAGGACCCCGAGGUUCCAGCCCCGGCCGCCCAGUCGCAGCCUACGCCACCGCCAGCAGCGGCAGCAGUACCACCACCACCACCCCCCGACGACAAGAAGAGCGACAACCCGGAGCUCGACCUCCAGAAGCUCCAGUCCCUGCCCGCGGAGCAGCAGGAACUGUUUCUCCUCACCUUCGUCACUGACCUGACAAAGUACGUGCGCCAGCUCGAGCCCGACGACUGCACGGCGCAGCAGUUCUACCUCAAGAAGGAAAUCUUCCGCAUCAUCAACCUCGCCGCCCCACAGCCGUCCAGGGUGGUGCGCAACAAUCUGGGUCAGUGCCUCGCCCACGUCUUCACCUACGGCGACCGAAAGCUCCUCUUCGAGACCAUCAACGACCUGGUUGGCGUCGUUUCCGGCGCCAAGUCCAAGACCGACACCGAGACGCGCGCCAAGCAUGCCGCCGUCGUCUGCCUAGGCGACGUUUACGCCGCCGCUGGCGAUAGCGCCAUCGGACUGCACCAGCUCUGCUGUACGGCGCUCGUAAAGCUCCUCAAGUCGUCCUCCAACAAUGCGGGCCUCCGUGCUGCCGUCUUCACCGCCCUUGCCAAGCUGGUCGGCAUUGUUGAGGGAUCUAUGGACGAGAGCAUCGCGCGCGACGUCUGGAAGCAGGGUAGGAACCAUGCCCUCAGUGACAAGGGUUCUCUUGUUGUCAUUGCAGCUUCACAGUGCCUCAAAGCUCUCGUAAAACACACUGCCUACUUUAGGAACUCGUCGGACUUUGACAAGCUUGAGACGGCCAUGUUCAAGGCGUUCGAGUCAUCGGUCGCCCAAGUUCGACACGCGGCCGCCGGCUGUCUAGCCGAAGCCUAUGCACAAGGCUACUCCGACACCGCAGUCAGCAAACCCACCAAGAGCAAGAAAGCAAACCCCAAGCUGAAGCGCCAAUCUACACUGCCUGGCGUUGUUGGCGACGACGACGAGAUGCCUUCUCGUACCGCUAGUCCUGCGCCGGGUGCGAAGCGCAAAGAAGAUCUUGCCCUCUCGCUCGCCGACAUCCUCCGCCAGCUGGCCGCCCAGUACGUCAAGUCUACAACGUCCAACCGCGCCCGAGCCGCCAUUGGUGUGUGCCUUGGAAAGCUGUUCCGCCGCCUUGGUGAGAAUGUCAUUGAGUCGAAUUAUCUGCUCAUUGUUGAUACGCUCACCACGGAUAUCCUCGGCAGCACGAGCAUUGCCAACAAUCGCUACCGGCUCUUGAUCUCGCGCAGAAUCAUUGAUACUCUACUUCACGAGGUCAUCGGUAACAAAAUAUUGGGCGAGUCUGGGCAGAUCAAAAUUGCCCAAGUCCUGAUCAACAGCAUCCUCAAGAACUAUCCCGCGGCUUUGCCCGAACGCCCUGAACCGUCAAAGCAGACCCUAAUCACAGCACUACGCGCUGUAGCGGCCUUGAUCCAGUCCCUGGGGUCUGCCACUGGAAAGUUUGCCGAAUCGUGUCGUGACGGCCUGCUGCAGGUCUUCCAACACCCGAGCUACUCUGUCCAAGUGUUUGCGUCGCAGUGUAUGAAGGUCUUCACGGUAGCGUGCCCUCAGCAGCUAUUGCCAUGCCUCUCUGUCUGCAUGAACAGUCUCGCGCGAGAGCUUUCGCUGCUCGCGAGUGGGAGGAACUCACAACGGCGAUGCAUUGGCUUGUCGCAUGGGUUGGCAGCGACUCUCAGCUCAAGUCCGUUACGGCCACUUCACGGCUCACUGGACAUCAACAGUCGUGUUCUGACCAUGGCAACCAAUCUGCUCAAAUCCUCAAGCAAGUCUGAGCUUCGAGUUUCCAGUACUCAGAUCCAGGUGGCAUGGAUUUUGAUUGGCGGUCUCAUGUCCCUCGGGCCCAACUUUGUCAAAAUCCACCUAUCCCAACUUCUUCUGCUUUGGAAGAACGCGUUGCCGAAGCCGCUGGCAAAGGACAACACUACAUCAAGAAGCUUGCUCGAGGCUUCCUUCCUCACACACGUGCGAGAGUGCGCUCUGGGAUCGAUAUUGGCAUUCCUUGAGUUUAACAAUCGCCUGUUGACUGUGGAUGUUUCCAAACGCAUUGCGACCAUGUUGCAAAGCACAACGGCCUUUCUGAAGACACUCCCGGGCAAGAAGACUACCGAGGAUAUUUCACAGCGAUUAACGCCUGCAGUUCAACUCCAAGAUCUCGAAAAGAUGGUGCAGCGCCGAGUACUCCAAUGUUACGUCAAGCUGGUCAACCAGAGUCCUGCAGGUGGUAGCGAGGCACUUUUACAAUCCAACCUGCUCACUCUCGCUAUUUCUCUGUUCGCGGAUCCCGACAAUUACUCUGCCAACUCACUUAGUGCUUCUAUUGCCAAUGCUGCUGCGACUUACGAGUCUAUCUGGGAUGUUGGCGACAACGAUGGCUUUGGUCUCACUGGUCUCGUUUAUGGGUUCAAUGUCCGUAGCUUGCCUGGCCAACACGAAUCUACCAUCCAGGAGGUUUCCAAACCCGAUUCGUUUGAGGAGAUGAUUGAUAGUGUCCUACUAUCACCCAUCUGCGGCAGCCUGGAACAUGAUGCUUCCGCUCUCUACAUUGGCAGCUUGGAUCUCAACGAAGCCAGGGCCGAUCCUCCAGCCACAGAAGUCGUCAACAUGGCAAUACAACUGUUCGCCUUUGCCUUUCCUCUCACGCCUGCCAAGGUCCAGGAAAGCAUUCUGGAACAAAUUCGAACCUUUGGGUCAUCUGGCUCCCUGCAGCGCGACCUUGCGAGGAAUGCAGCAAUUAGUGUCAACGUUGCUACCGCAAUACUGGCCACCAUGCGAGUUGCAACGAGAGAGACAACGUCCCCGGCUGGCGAUGUCUCCAACUCUGCUGUGGAAAAGCUGCUGCAGGAUAUUGUUCGAGAUUUUGUCAUUGACCAAGACCAACACGUACGAAGCCUCGGAUACGCAGCCACAGCCAGACUCUGCAAUGUAUACGGAAACGCAUUUACGAAUCAUGAAAUCAAGUACCUGGUGGACACCAUCGUCAGCAAUCGCGAACCUAGUGCACGAGCGGGCUGUGCCAUGGCUCUCGGGUCCAUCCAAACCAAAGUAGGUGGCAUGGCCGCGGGAUAUCACCUCAAGACUAUUUUGGGUAUCCUGAUGUCUCUCUGCAACGACCCUCACCCAAUCGUGCACUACUGGGCUCUGGAGGCCCUAUCUCUUGCCGCCGAUGCUGCAGGCCUGAGCUUCUCCGGCUACGUCCCCAGUACUCUUGGGAUGCUUGCCCAGUUAUUUGUCUCGGAAACACAUCACCCAGAGAUUCCCUCAGCGAUUACCAUGGCGCUUGAGACUGAGCUCUCCACCCCAGCUGCGAUUGCACGAUGUAUAGAUUCUUUAAUCAACGUGCUCGGCCCAGAUCUGCAGGACUCGAAGAAAUCAAGAGAACUGAUUUUCACACUCGUCGGCCAGUUCCAAGAAUCUCGUGAUAAGCAAGUGGAAAAAGCUGCUUUAAUAUGCCUCGAGCACCUAUCCCUGUAUGCCCCUGGAGAAAUGCAUUACUCAGACUAUGUGCGUUUGCUUCAAGGAUACUUAUCGUCUGAGCACGGCGAGCUGCGAGAUGCUGCUAUCGAGGGAAUACACAAUAUGAUGAAGCGAAACCCGCGCGACGUUUUACGAGAUGCGGUGCCGGGCUUUGAAGAGAAGCUGUGGCUGCUACUCGACGCCACGCCAGAACAUGACGGCAUCAAGAACAUUAUCAGGAACUGGCUCCAGCAGACAUGUCUUGUUGAAACGAACGAAUGGCUAGACAGAUUUCAAAGGGUUCUCCGGUUGACGCGUGUUAAAGAAACGGCCGAGGUAACUGUGGCCAAGCCCUCUGGAGGUGCAGUUGACUUGAAUGACGAGGAGGUUGCCGGCUUCGCCACGGCUGCGACCGAAACGACAAAGGACGGCAAGGACCCGAGCUCUUCCACUGACGCUGAGCCUCUACGUUGGCAGGUGACAACCUUUGCCAUCUCGUGCAUUGGGGACAUCUUUGCCAUGGUCGCCAAGGAUGUUGCCUCGAACGGUGAAUCAGCGGCUCAGACAGCGCUCCAAAACAAGAUUGCUGAAGUUGUUCGGAUGGCCUUUUCUGCAUCGACCUCAGGCGUGUUGGAGCUGCGUAUUUGGGGGCUGAAGAUUAUCGGCGUCGUCUUGAAGAUGUUUGGCAAGACACCCGACCCCGAUUUCGAAGAAGCCAUGCUGCUGGAGCAGUAUCAGGCACAAAUCAGUUCCGCCCUGACGCCAGCCUUUGCUGCCGACUCGUCUCCAGAGCUCGCCUCGGAGGCGGUCAAUGUCUGCGCGAGCUUCAUCUCCAUCGGUAUCGUUACCGAUGUCGAGCGUAUGGGUCGCAUUCUGAAGACUCUCGUCAGUGCCUUGGAAAACUUCUCGUCCGACGAUGAGAAUGCAGGUAUCGGAGAUCUCAAGGGCCUGUCGUCAAAUGCGCAGACCAUGGUCAAGAUUGCCGUCUUCUCCGCAUGGGCCGAGCUCCAAGUGGCGAGCAGCGAACAAAAGUAUCUGCUCGAUGUUCUCAAACCACACAUCGGCACACUGACGCCGCUUUGGCUCGAGUCACUACGUGAGUUUGCGAGGCUACGAUUCGAGCCUGAUAUUUCCAUGACGCUGGGACCCCCCUCACUAUCUGGAAGCCUGGAUUCUAUCUAUGCAGCCCUCAAUCGUGAGACGCUUCUCAAGUUUUACCAAGAUGCGUGGUUGAAGCUUGUCGAUGCCAUUGCAUCCCUUAUUGAGCAAGAUAGCGAGUUUGUUUUCGAUGCCCUUGACGGCAAGGAAUCCAGCGAAGCCACCACCAAUGGCCAUCGUAAAGCCGGCAUCAACUAUCGAGACGAGCCCGUUGCAUUCUUCUUUGUCUUGUUCGGCCUGGCCUUUGAAUCACUCGCCAUCCGGCCAGGCCAAUCCGACUCACUGGCCACUCGCGACCAGACACUCGCCAUUGUCCAGGCUCUGAAACGCAUCCUGCAUCCCAGCGUCUCCGGCCACGCCAUCUAUCGCCCCGACGUAUUCGCCGAGACCAUGGAUCUGCUUGACCGCCUGGUAUUGACGGACGGCAUUGAUGUGCAGACGGUCAUUGUCGAUAUUGCGCGCGCCAUGUGUGUCACACACCCCUCUGCGCGCCGUCAAGGAUCUGAAGAGGGUGACCUGUCCGAGGACAUUGAUCAGCUCUUCGAGCUGACCAGAAUCAUCGUCCUUGUAUUGUCCGGUUUGCUGCCACACCUGGCUGAGGGCAACCAGCCGGUCCGACACCAAAUCAACGAGGAGACUCUCGUCCUCAUUCGCACAUCUCUAGACGCUCUUGUUGAUGCCGCCGAGGUAUUCCCGGCCAUCAUCAAGUCGGAUUUACACGCAUGCAUUAUUCACAUUUUUGCGACAAUCCUCGCCACGCCGAGCUGUCAAGAGCUCAUUGUUCCACAAUCGCUAGCCACAUUCAAACGCUUCAUUGGUAGCAUGAGCGGCUCGCGAAAGAUUGCCUCGGAUGGCUCCUCUGCGACAGAUGUCCAACUGCAAGGCUGCUUGCGCCGCUUCCUUUCCAUCUAUCUCAACGCCCAAAAACGCGAGGUGCCGACGGCACUUCUCUGCGUCAGAAACUGCCUACUGGCGACAACCAUCCUGUUUACCGGUGGAAACAAUCACCUCCCCGCAUCGGAACCGCUAGUCGUAAGAUAUCUCGACGAACUCCUAGACUGUCUCACCGACCGCAUGACUGCCAAGAUUGCGGCCAACUGCAUCCGAUCCCUGCUCCUGCAAAGCUCGCCGUCAUCCUCCGACGUCACUAUCGCUCGGUACCUCGUGCCGCGCCUCAUCGCCUUCGUCACCAACGUGGAGCCCGAGGACCCGGAGCAGGCGCGCUCCCUCGUCGCGCACAGCCUGUGCCUCUACGUCGGCGCAGUCGGCGGCGGGGAACGCGCGACCGCCGCCAUGGCCCUCGUCGUGCCCGUGCUCAUGGCGCGCGCCACCGCCGAGGGCGAGGAGCGCUACCCGGAGACGAGCGCCCGGCUGCUCGAGGUCGCCGCCGUCGACCAGGACGCCUUUCGGCGCGUCGUCGGAGGUAUGAGCGCCGCCCAGAGGGGCCUGCUGGAGGAGGUGGUGCGCUCGGCGCGGCAGGCGGCCGCGGGCGGCGCGAGCCAGUCCAGCGCGGACGUGUCAGGCCAGCCUGCCAUCCAGCUCAAGAUGAACUUUGGCGGCUCUGCGUGA